UAUGACUGAACGGCGGGACCGCGGGUAAUGCAAAAUUUGUGGAGGGAGCCACCGUCAAACCAGAGCGGCGGUCGGUGAUGGCGUCCGCGGAGAGGAAGCGUCCCCCGCCGGUCAAAGUGCUGUCCGGGCAGCUGCGGGCGGCGGAGGGCCGGGGCGCGGCCGACAGCGGGGACGGCUGGACUCUCCGGCUGAGCGGGGGUCGCUCUCUGCCGGUGUCGCUGGUGUGGAUGCAGGGCACGGUGCUGGAGGUCCAGCCGGAGAGGAGCACCGCGAUGCUGCUGGACGAGACGGGGACGUUCGCGGUGCUCGGCGUCAACAACAUCCCGCGAGGGAAGCCGUGUCUGGCCCAAGAAAAUAAAGAACUUCAUCAGUUCAAAUGGACUGAAGGGUGGAGGCUCCUCGAUGUCGAGGUGAUGCAGCAGGGACAACGUGGAGCGGUCAGUGUUUCCCUUGUGAAGCUUUUCCUCUCGGCUCGACUCCAAGGAUGUUCAUACGAGUACGAAAUAAAGAUGACUUCUACUUUUUCCUCUCGUAGAAACACAAUUCAGAUGUUUAUAUAUUGCAACAGGACUGACGUUUUUUUUCUUCUUUUUUUCAGACAGAAAUAUUAAAUUCCAUCUGGAUUUCCACAAAUUAAAUCUCAAUGCAAAUAUUGAUCCAUUUAAAAUCUGCCUGCCGACACGUGAGGGAGCGUACAACGAUGAGGUUCUUGUUCUCAGGGUUCUUACACAUGUUGAGCAAUAAAUUUAAAUUCCCAUGGCCAGUGUGAAAUCUCGCCGUAUACACGAGUGACCCUUCAAUGAGACAAUAGUUUGAUUUAAAAAAAUACAUAUAUAAAUGUUUAUUCCUUUAAUCAAACUGCAUAAAUGAACAUAAAAUCUAACAUUUCUUUGGGAUAAAAAAAUUGUCAACAACUUUUCCAGGCCUGAAAAAAAUAACCAUUUUAAAAUUCCAUGACUUUUCCAGGUUUUCCAUGAUCGUUUGAACCCUGUGUAUCUACUCCAGUAUUUUCAGAGCGCCGUUUCCCCCGUUGGCGGCUCGGCGCUCAGCGGUCAUCCUGAGAGCCACGAGGAGGCAAUCAAACCUUCAGAAACAUGCUCUGAAUUUCUAAUUUAGCUGCUUCUCAAUUUCCAGGCCUUUCUUGAGAUAGAAGUAACGCCACACUGUCGACGUAUUCUUAGAAUAUGGGAAGACGUCUUCACAGGACUAGAUACACGCGUGAUUAACAAAACACACGGCAGUUAAAAACAGUUUACGAAAAGAAGCUUUAUUUUGAGUGGUGUCCAUUACACUGGUAUAUGAAUAGAUAAAUGGAAAGUGAAAAUGACCUAUGGUAAUGGAUUAAAAUAAGAGAAUGUCAACUGAA